AUGCCGUCUCAUGUAGAGGACCAGCAUCUAGGGAGGUUCGACGAAGCCACGAUAAUCUCCAAGGUCCCACAAAACAGGGACAAGUUGACGGCAAACGGGUUAGAAACCGGCGAAGGAAAACCGACUGUCAACGACCACGGAUGGCGUGCCAAUUUGAACGAAGAUGACCACGCGGUUUUGGCUCUCCGAAAUCUUCUCUUCGACAUUACAAACCAGAAUGGAGGCCAUGGUGGUUCUGCUAUAGGGAUGAGUGCGAUUGGCGUGGCGCUCUACAAGUACAUUAUGCGUUACAACCCAUCAAACCCGAACUGGUUUGAUAGAGAUCGUUUUGUAUUGUCAAACGGACAUACCGCUAUGUUUCUAUAUUCAUUGAACUACUUGACCGGAUACGAGAAUUUCACCAUGGGUGAGCUCCAACGAUAUGGAAGUGCAGAGACAAGUGGUGCAACGACAAUCUGUCAUGGCCAUCCGGAGAUUGAGAUUCCUGGUGUUGAGGUUACUACAGGUCCCUUAGGACAAGGUGUCGCAAAUUCAGUCGGUCUAGCUAUUGCGUCGAAAAACUUAGCGGCUCGAUUCAAUGAACCAGACUUAGGAAUCAUCCAGUCACGAGUCUAUUGCACAACAGGAGACGGAUGCCUAAUGGAAGGAGUCGCACUGGAAGCGAUAUCACUGGCAGGUCACCUCCAACUUGAUAACCUGAUUCUGACUUAUGACAACAAUUCCGUGACCUGCGAUGGCCCGCUCGCUUGGAUCAAUAGUGAGAGUAUUAACGACAAAAUGAGAGCGUGUGGGUGGCAGGUGCUGGAGGUGGCCGAUGGAAAUUUCGACGUCCAGGCGAUCGUCAAAGCCUUGGAGUACGCAAAAGCCUUGACGGGGAAAACCUGUCUUCGUUAA